CCGCUGUUUGCCAGGCGCCAUCACCCGCUGGUGUCCACUGCCAGCUGCCCCGUGAGGCUCCUGUGCUCGCUCUGAGCGUUUCCGUCGCUUGUCUUGGGACACGGCUUUGACCCUUUCAGUUAGGCCUGCCCCUGACUGUUCUUCCUGGGAGUCCCUUUCUGCCUAGGAUCUCCAACCACAGCUGCCCGCCAUGUCGGCCGCGCCCGGCCUCCUGCACCAGGAGCUGUCUUGCCCGCUGUGCCUGCAGCUGUUCGACGCGCCCGUGACAGCCGAGUGCGGCCACAGUUUCUGCCGCGCCUGCCUGAGCCGCGUGGCGGGGGAGCCGGCGGCCGAUGGCACCGUGAACUGCCCGUGCUGCCAGGCGCCCACGCGGCCGCAGGCGCUCAGCACCAACCUGCAGCUGGCGCGCCUGGUGGAGGGGCUGGCGCAGGUGCCGCAGGGCCACUGCGAGGAGCACCUGGACCCGCUGAGCAUCUACUGCGAGCAGGACCGCGUUCUCGUGUGCGGCGUGUGCGCCUCGCUCGGCUCGCACCGCGGCCACCGCCUGCUGCCCGCCGCCGAGGCCCACUCGCGUCUCAAGACGCAGCUGCCCCAGCAGAAGCUGCAGCUGCAGGAGGCGAGCAUGCGCAAGGAGAAGAGCGUGGCCGUGCUGGAGCACCAGCUCACGGAGGUGGAGGAGACAGUGCGUCAGUUCCGGGGGGCAGUGGGGGAGCAGCUGGGCAAGAUGCGGGUGUUCCUGGCCGCCCUGGAGGGCUCCCUGGACCGCGAGGCAGAACGUGUGCGGAGCGAGGCGGGGGUGGCCUUGCGGCGGGAGCUGGGGGGCCUCCACUCGUACCUGGAGCAGCUGCGGCAGAUGGAGAAGGUGUUGGAGGAGGUGGCUGACAAGCCACAGACCGAGUUCCUUAUGAAAUAUUGCCUGGUGACCAGCAGGCUGCAGAAGAUCCUGGCGGAGUCGCCACCACCUGCUCGUCUGGACAUCCAGCUGCCCAUCAUUUCAGAUGACUUCAAAUUCCAGGUGUGGAGGAAGAUGUUCCGGGCUCUGAUGCCAGCGCUGGAGGAGCUGACCUUUGACCCGAGCUCCGCGCACCCGAGCCUCGUGGUGUCACCCACGGGCCGCCGAGUGGAGUGCUCGGAGCAGAAGGCGCCGCCCGCCGGGGACGACGCGCGCCAGUUCGACAAGGCUGUGGCCGUGGUGGCGCAGCAGCUGCUGUCCGACGGCGAGCACUACUGGGAGGUGGAGGUGGGCGACAAGCCGCGCUGGGCGCUGGGCGUGAUGGCCUCCGAGGCGAGCCGCCGUGGCCGGCUGCACGCCGUGCCCUCACAGGGUUUGUGGCUGCUGGGGCUGCGCGACGGCAAGACCCUGGAGGCGCACGUGGAGGCCAAGGAGCCGCGCGCGCUGCGCACCCCGGAGCGGCGGCCCACGCGCCUCGGCCUCUACCUCAGCUUCGGCGAUGGCGUGCUCGCCUUCUACGACGCCAGCGACGCCGACGCGCUCGAGCUGCUGUUUGCUUUCCGCGAGCGCCUGCCCGGGCCCGUGUACCCCUUCUUCGACGUGUGCUGGCAUGACAAGGGCAAGAAUGCGCAGCCGCUGCUGCUCGUGGGGCCGGAUGGCCAGGAGGCCUGAGGCGGCUGGCGGGGCCAGGGCGCUGAGGGCGGCGGGGCUUGGAUCUCAGGCUUGGGCCCCGGGAAGGAGACGGGUGGGGGUGGGCUGAGGGGGCUGGGGACUCGGUGGGGGUGAGUCCCCAGCAGUUCCGAGAAGGGUGGGAGGAAGUUGGGGCGACGCGGUGGGGGAUGGGAGAUGCGAGGUCAAGGUCAGCCAGGGAGGAGGCGCAAGGGUUCCAGAAAGAGGCUCAGGGAGGGCGGGGAAAGGGGCCAGGUUUGGGGUUGGUUGGGUGGAAGGGCUCGAGAACUCUGUGGAAUGAGGGGCCCUUCAGCCUCACCUUCCCCACCAUCCUUGACGGCUUCUAGUGCGAGCGGGGGUGGUGGUGGUGGUGGUGGUGGUGGUGGGUGGGCAGGCUGCCCCCGCCCCCUCCCCAGAGGCUUUUCACUGAAUGAUUGUCCAACUUGAGCAUGCGUCAACACCUCCCUUUUAGAGCGCUUCAUGGCGACUUGUUAAAGCCUAAGUCACUGAGUUGCUGAUGCCCUCUGGGGGCAGGUCCACAGUGUUUGCUUCUAGAAUGUUCCCUGGUGAAGGAUGCUGAGGUCACUGUC